GUUUUGUAUAGCAAUUGAAUCUGGUACAAUGCCACCCUUGGCCCGAGAAGCGAAAACGACACAGUGGGGAUGUUUGGUGGUCGUCGACGUCGGUCAGAACGCGAUUUUCACCAUUUCAAGAGCAUGCCCAGCGUCGAAGCCAAGUUUGUGACCUCGUACGAGUGCCGCCUCCCGAUCGACCUCAGCUUUGGCGAGAUUCAAAACGCCAUCUCGCUCCUCAAGGGCCGGCGCGCGUACCUCCAGGAGCGCCACGGACAGAUCGCGACGGCAUUUGCCGCCGACGACCUCCCGAGUCCCCACAGCGAGAGCAGCAACUCGCCCCCCAAGACGUACGAAUUUGCGCGUCUCUUUCACGGCAAUAUUGUGCCGCAAUGCUAAACACUUAUCUAUUUCCGUCGUCUCUGUAAAAUGUUGUCCAAUAUAUAUAUAAAUAUGGAUAUCGAA